UUCAAAAGGAACGUCCGGCAGUUCGCGCGGCGGCCCUUCACGUGCGGCGUUCAAAAGCCAGGGCGCGUCGGGGCGGUUUUCGCAGGAUUUCCGAGAUGGGAGGCGGCAAGAGCGGCGGCGGCAGGAGCGGGAUACCAGACAGAUGGAAGGCAUACACUAAUAUGGGCAGACAGAUUCCUGGGACAAGGUUUAUUUCAUUCAAGGUUCCCUUAAAAGAGGCUCUGUUGAUUCGGCUGGAAGACUCGUUUUGGUUCAGCCCCCGCACACUCAUGGACCACUGCGUCGACCUCGGGCUGGUUGUCGACCUCACCAACACGACCCGCUAUUACGAUCCCAAGGAGUUCGUGGACCAGGGCAUCCAGUAUGCCAAGGUGUUUACAGAAGGCCACAAGAUCCCCAAGGAUAAGGUCGUUAAGGAGUUUUGCAAGGUGGUCAACACUUUCCUUGACAAGAACAAGGACAAUCAGAAGCUGAUUGGCGUGCACUGUACCCACGGCUUGAAUCGGUCCGGCUACAUGGUGUGCAGAUACAUGAUACAGGAGCUUGGGAUACCUCCAGACCAGGCUAUAGCAGAUUUCAACAGCGCUCGAGGCCACGAGCAGGAGCGACAGAACUACUUGGCCAACCUCCGGCGGGCGUCCUGGCUCCAGGGCACACCCUCGACGCCCACGACGCCUUCCACGCCUUCCGCCGUCCGUAAGCCGGCGUCAUCAGACGAGGAAAGGAGCGACGCCGAUACCCCGACCUCCGCGCCCCCCAUCCGAAGGUGGAGCGGCCCCCAGCGGGAAGCGGGCGACGAGGGCUGGGCGCCGUGGAAGGGCGCCUCCCCUAAGACCCGCUACCGUAGCUCUCCGUACGCGAGACAGCCUUCACCCCAUGGCGCCCGCCGCUACUACGACGAGCGGUACCAGGGCCGCGUGGCGCCGCAGUACGACCCCUACUUCUACCAGGAGCGGGGCUCGGGCGUGGGUCCGCACCGCUCCAUGCCCCACUGGUCGCGGAAGCAACAGCAGGAGCAGGCCGCCAGUGUCCGGGGUCCUCCUCGGCAGUACCGCGGGCCGCGACCUUACCGAAGCCCCGUCAGGCAAGAAGAAGAGUUGCCUUUCAGGUCGGAAGGGCCGAAUACUCCGAACGGCGCCCUCCUUGCUACGCCGCCCCCCCGACGGGACCAGUUCUCGUCGUUGCCUCGCACGCCGUACUGGCCCGGCGCUGCCGACGGGCCGAGACGCCGCGCCUUUAGCCCUGGCGCAGAGGACAACGUGUUCAGCCCCUUGACUCCGCGCAGGCGCUCGGCGAGAUGGAAUCCCUACUGACGCCCUUGACCCGCUUCCUGGCGUCUUUGACUCGCAUCCUGACGUCUUUGACACUGGCUGACCUCGUCUUCUGACCUCUCUCGGACCUCCUUGCUGGUGCUUCGACGUGAAAGCCUUCGCUCACCUCUUUCUUUUAACUGCGCAUCCAGUAGGGUGAUUUAUGUAAAUUUCUUUGUGAAUUUAUAGUUGUUUUGAGAUGUAUUUAUCCGAUGUACAUCAUUUCAUGUAACUGGCGUUUGAGUUGACUUUCGACAUUUUUUUUGUGUGCGCGCUAAGUACUAUUCUAUUGGGUGUGUAAAUAUCAACGUAAAACGAGGGGGAAUUCAUGGUACGUGUUUGCUGAAACCUUGCCAGAUUUUACAGGAAGAUCGUCUUCCUAAUCUUGAUUUAUAUUAGAGAAACUGUGUUGAAUGUAAGUUCAAAAAUUAUAUUUUGCAUAUUAGCUUGUGUGAGAGUUACUUCUUUUUAUUGUGUGUGUUUGUUUUUGGGCUUUGGUGAUGAAAUAAGGACCAGGUAAGAUCUUUUGUAAUAUUGUGAAUUCUUGUUAUCUAGAGUAUGUAUUUUUGAAUUAUACGAAUAUGAAAAAUGUACUUAUAAACGUAUUACUCGUAAAUUAUGAUUGAGGUGUACUCAUGUGUGGUUUUCUUCAAGUACAGACAGCAUCGAGUAUAUGUAGACAAAGACUACUACUGACAUGAUAAGCAGUUCACCAGAUUUUUAUAUCUAAUAUAAACACUUUCUUUUCGUUUUCCUGUCUUUUUUAACGAAUUCACAUAUUAUUUCAGUCUCUUUUCUUACACAGUUGUUUUUUUAACAUUAUUGUAAAAUGAAUACGUUGUAUAUCAUAAACAGUAUAUUUAUAUGAAAUGAAAGACAUGUAUUUGAAGUAAAUAGUCUGUGUUAUAGGUACUAAUACGUAAAUACCGUAUUGUCUUUAUAUUUUUGUCACAGCCUUGUAUGUUAGAUUGUAAAAAAAAAAUUAUCAAGAAAUUAUGUUAGUUUUUUUUACCGAUUUCUUUUUUUUUUCGUUUUCUUUUUUGUUGCGUGUGGAAUUGGAACUUGGUCCAAGUGAAAAAGUGUAGUCUUCAAGACGCGUAAACUAUCUUGAUUAAAAUACAAUCUCUUCGACAA